GCUAGAACUCUUAUAAACUUUACAUCCUUUUUCCCUUUAUAUCAGUCAAAUUUCCAGCAAUACUCUGUUAUAGCUGGAAAUAGGAAUAAAAUCGUAAAAUGGAAUGGGCACGCCCCACAAUGUCUUGCACACAGGGGCUAGGCCUAUCCGCCUAUCCGAAUUCCUCGACGCUCUACGUGCUACAUGCACGCCUCGAUUUCCCCAUGCGAGGGGAACACACCACAGGAGAGCCGUAUUGGCGAUAAGUGGUGGUGUUGACUCUAUGGCUCUGGCCUAUCUCUGUUCACGAGUCCGCCGUCAAGAUCCUGAUUUCAAGAUUUCCGAUAAUCCUGUGUCUGGGUUCAUCAGUUUGAUCAUUGAUCAUAAACUUCGAAAAGGGUCUAGCGAAGAGGCUCUCGCUGUUUCUCUCGCUCUCAAGGAUAUGGGUAUCUUGACCGAAGUAGCCGAGCUGAACUGGCCUAAGGCUAUAGGUCCUGGCAAUGAUCCCAAUGACUUAACUAAUGUCGAAAGUAUGGCGCGCACGCUUCGCUACCAGAGAUUUGGUAAUAUGUGUGCCUAUCGUAAUAUGGCUAGCAUUCUUCUUGCGCACCAUGAAGAUGAUCAAUACGAGACUGUUCUCAUGCGUUUGUUACAAGGCCAUGGUACCCGAGGCCUGCGAGGAAUGAAGAAAGCUCAUGAUAUUCCUGAGUGUGAUGGGAUGCAUGGUGCUAGCAAAAGUGGCUACGUUGAUGAUCAAAGACGAGAGUAUCCCUUCUAUAACACAAGGCCAUCAUACAGAGAACGAAAGCAUAUGAAGCAGGCGCUAAGACAAGACGUCUCUGAGCUUAUGAACCAAGCAGAUCUAGACGAAGAUCCUGUGACAGGCUUGGCCGACGUCGAUGUGGAAGAAUUUUACUUUCCGAAAGGGUAUAUGCCUAGCGCGCCUGCACCACUCGAGAUUGAGGAUGGUGGCGUUACGAUAUAUCGGCCCUUACUGGAAUUUAGCAAGGACCGUCUGAUUGCGACAUGUCUAGCGAAUAAUAUUCCAUGGUGGGAAGAUGAAACUAAUAAAGACCCGACGCUCACGAUGAGAAACGCGGUUCGACAUCUAUACAAGGGCUAUGCGCUCCCCACGGCCAUCCAGAAACCAGCUAUCCUCGCCCUUUCAAAGAGGUGUGUACGGAAGGUCGAAGCUCAGGAAGCUGAAGCGAAUAGACUCCUAAGGCAAGCUAUCAUUCAUGAUUUCGAGCCAAAUGCUGGAACCGCGACGGUUCAAUUCCCGAACAUCAGACUUCCUUCAGUGGGAAGGGGGCGUCAUUCGUCCUUACGUCGCCAAGCAGUUUUAUCAAAGCAAAAAGAAAUUGCUGCAAUUCUCGUACGCAAGGUCUUCUCUCUAGUCAGCCCGGAGCUCCAACCACCCCUUGUCUCAACUCUUGAAAGCCACGUGUUUCGCCUCUUCCCAUCUCUCGCUAGCUCUGAAGAGGCGGCCGCAGCAAAUCCACCAAAACCCUUUACGCUCUCCGGAGUUUUUCUUGUACCGAUCGUACCCAGUUCAGGGAAAACGGCAGACCAGCCACUCACAUGGUAUCUUUCUCGUGCACCAUACCCCUCGACAGCGCCACUGCCCCGCAGCCGGAUGCCGUACUGGGCUACAAAAGACAAUCGCAGGGAACAGUGGCAGAUGUCAACAAAAACGCCAUUCAUGCUUUGGGACGGUCGGUAUUGGGUGCACAUUGAACACCGACUACCCUACCGCCUAAUCGUCCUACCUUUUCUCCGCGAACACGCUAAGGUUUACCGCGAGUCGCUCACGCCUGAAGGUAGAAACCGGCUGGCUACCUUUUUAAAACGAUAUGCUCCUGGUAAGGUUAGGUAUACCCUACCUGCUAUCUACUUGGAGGAAGAUCUAGAUUUAAAUAACCCAAUUCCGCGCCCGAACUAUCCGAACCCCGAACUAGGCUCCCAAGAUUUGCACCCUAAGGUCCCUAAUACUUCUAAGAUGAGGCUGGUUGCGCUCCCUUCGAUGGAUAGCCAGGUCCCAGGGCUUGACGAGUGGGUGACGUUCGAGAUUAGGUACAAGAGAGUGGAUCGCGAUGUCUUGCAGACUGCCGGGUCUUUUGAUAGAGGCCCGUUCGUCUCGUUGCGAGAGCUCGGAAGACAGCGCGUUCUGGUUAGGAGACCAGUAUCCCGACAGCGACGUGAAUAAUGGGGAAUAAGAUGGAGAAGUACCAGUGAAUGCCUAGGUAGACUGAAUUUAAGAUACCCUUAAUAAAACGACGGAUUUACAGACU